UUGGAUGUGGAUGAAUGUCGCGAACAGCCAAAUACCUGUGACCAGCGAUGUAUCAACUCCUUCGGUUCUUUCAAGUGUGAAUGCGAUCCCGGAUUCAACCUAGACCGGCGUGAUAAUCGAACGUGCAUUCGUGACAAAUGUUUCGACACUUGUGUUCCUGGUCAAGGCGAAUGUCAGAAUGGACGUUGCGUGUGUCGAAGUGGCUUCAAGGGACCUAACUGCGAGUUAGAUGUGGAUGAAUGUCGCGAACAGCCAAAUAGUUGUGACCAGCGAUGUAUAAACUCAUUCGGGUCAUUCAGGUGUGAAUGCGAUCCCGGAUUCAACCUAAACCCGCGUGAUAAUAGAACAUGCAUUCGCGGCGAAUGUCAGAAUGGACGUUGCGUGUGUCGAAGUGGCUUCAAGGGACCUAACUGCGAGUUAGAUGUGGAUGAAUGUCGCGAACAGCCAAAUAGUUGUGACCAGCGAUGUAUCAACACCUUCGGUUCUUUCAAGUGUGAAUGCGAUCCCGGAUUCAACCUAGACCGGCAUGAUAAUCUGACGUGCAUUCGCGACAAAUGUUUCGACACCUGUGUCCGUGGACAAGGGGAAUGUCACCACGGUAAUUGUCAAUGUCUUCCUGGCUUCACUGGAAUAAACUGUGAGCUGGAUAUUGAUGAGUGUCGGUUGGGAACUCACAAAUGCGAACAGAUUUGUGUCAACACUCGUGGUUCCUAUCGUUGUGAAUGUAAACCUGGCUACGAGCCUGCGGUCCCUGGCGCAGAACGGUCCGGUCAGGGUGAUUGCAACGAUUCCGGUGAAUGUCAGUGUCGGCCGGGCUAUGAGGGCCGGUAUUGUGAGUCGGAAAUAGACCUUUGCCGCUCGGGCAGACACACCUGUGAGCACAUCUGCGUCAGUUCCGAGGGCACUUUCUUCUGUCGCUGUCAUGAGGGU